AUGAGGAUUCACUUCCGUAGAGGCCAGGCCAGGAGCGGUGAGGUAAACCUAUACAGUGACGAGUGCGAUGGUCAGUCUCAAGAAUGGUACAACGGUGACGAUCCUAAUGCAGGGAGACAUUGGGUAAUGCACCCAAAGAGCAGGGGGACCAUGAUUAUCUCGGAAGGGGAGGGAAGAGGGGAGGGGGUGGGAGCGCAAGUAACAAUGACACGGACAAUGACAUACAACCAAGAAGACUGUGCUGGUGGAGAUCCCGCAGUUAUGCUCGUUCCAAGCCCCGAACCGGUGGAUAAGAGGAAAGCAUUGCCGGGUCUCCACACACGGGAAAGAAAAGCGAUGAGGGGAGAGAGUGAGAGUGAGAGAGACAGAGAGGGAGGGCAAGCUCCAGAGCCGCUGGGAUGGAGCAGAAUGCGACCAUCGACACCAGACGAUGUGACGCUGGCCGGUCAGUCGACUACCAUGGAUUCGUCGGAUGGCUCGAUCGGGGCCCCAUUUCGGUCCCUCAAGACUGAGCAUCAACGCCCGUCGAUCUAUUCAGGGCGCUGUCUUCCAUUCCUCCCAUUCGCUGUUACCAUCGUGUGGGUGGAUAAAGAAGUAUUCAUCAUCAGGACCUUUCUGAAUUCUCAUGCUCCUAAUUCCCAUGAUGAUGGUGAGAUUGCUGUGGAACCUGAGAUGAAGGUGACACUAGACUCCGAGGUCGGAGAGCCGUUGAGUGACGGCGGAGCAGGGAAAAAUAGCCUGCGGAGUGCGGAGCUCCCGAGAUGUCCAGCGCGCAGACGCCUCUGGGAUCUGCGUGAUAGGGGUAGUGUAGGGACCAGCAGACCCUGCAACAGCAGAAGUUUGGCAUUAGAGGUCAUCCCUAGGACCUUCAGCUCCGCCUUACGACCAUUCUUCGCAAUGGAGGACACGGGAAAUACUGGAAACACUCAAACCCUCACCUUCGAGUCAUUUCUGCGAACAAUCACGCCAUGUGAUAGACCUUUCGGUAGCGCUUGGAGGGUUGCAGAUAUCAUGCGCUCUCGGAUGUAUUGCCCUAUGCUGCCCAUCACAAUGCGACUAAUGCUCGCGAGCAGACCGGCUAUCCGUCAAGCAAACGCUGGCCGAUGCUGCAAGAGUACCAUACAAGGCCGUGAUUGUAGUGAGUACAAACCAUCGCGACGCUACAGAUGCACCCUAGUCACCAAGCUAGCCGAUGCCAAGCAUUGA